AUGUCGGCGAUUUAUUUGAAAGAAAUUAAAACUGAAUCAGAAGGAACUGACUUUUAUCAAUAUUUUGAACUAAAUUGGCUGUCUUGUUGUGAAAUGUGGCAAACCAAUUAUUCACCAGUUAUUAAUCCUCCAGGUCGACCACGUGUUUCAUCCGAUCUUAAAAUAUAUAAACAUAAACGUAAUAAAAAAGUGGAAUCAGUUCGUGAUGUGUACGAUAAUACGAUUUGGCUAACCGACUUACAUAUAUCUUUAUUCUUUGAAUUAUUACAUAAACAAUUUCCAAAUAUUAAUGGUUUAUGUGGCCCUGUGCAAAUACACUUAUACACAGGUUCAUUGGAAAAUUCGAUCUUUAUUUUCAAUGCAAACAACAAUCAUUGGUUCACAGUUGCAAAUUUAGACUCUGAUAAUAUUUGGAAAAUUUAUGAUUCUCUAUCUUAUCCAAAAGAAUCAUUAGUUAAAUUUUUUCAAGAUAUAUUACCUGGUGAAGAAAAAGUUGUUUUAUCAUUUGAAAAUGUAGAGCAACAAGUUGGUGGUAAUGAUUGUGGAUUAUUCGCAUUAGCUUUUGUAACGUCUCUUUGUUAUAAAGAUAUUCCAUCAUCUCUAUUUUAUGAUCAGAAAUCUUUACGUAAUCAUUAUGGCAAUGGUACAAAUCAUCAUAGCCACGGUAGAAAUGAUCACAACGAUGAUACCGCUGACUACAACCAUGGUACAAGCGACCAUAAAGUUGGUGCAAGUGACCGUAGCCAUAGGCCAGGUGAUCACAAAUAUGGUAGAAAUGACUAUAGCAAUGAUAAAACGGACCACAACCGUGGCACGAAUGACCAUAUCAAUGUUACAAGUGACCAAGCCAGUGGUAUAGAUGACCAUGCCGACGGUACAAACUACUAUAGCCAUGGUACAAGUGAGCACAAUCAUGGUACAGGCAGCCACAAAGUUAGUACAAGUGAUCAAAGCCAUGGUUCUGGUGAUCAUAAAGAUGGUACAAAUGACAUUAGCAAUGGUACAAAUGACCAUAGCCAUGGUACAAGAUACUACAAAGAUGGUACAAAUGACCAUAACCAUGGUACGAAUGAUUGUAUCGAUGGUACAAGUGACCAUGUCGAAGGUACAAAUAACCAUAGCCAUCAUAAUAGUGACCACAACUAUGGUAUAGGUGACCACAAAGAUAGUACAAAUGACCACAGCAACGGUAAAAGUGACCCUAACCAUGGUACGAAUGAGCAUAUCGAUGACACAGGUGACCAUGUCGAUGAUACAAACGACCAUAGCCACGGUAUUAGUGAUCAUACCAAUGGUAAAAGUGACCGUAGGGUUGGUACACAUGAUCACAGACGUGGUGAAAGUGACCACAAAGGUGGUACAAGUGGCCGAGGAGAUAUUAUGGAUCAAAUUAAACGAAAAUUAACAUUUAAUCAAUCAUCAAAUGAAGAAAUAAAAAAAUUACGAAAUGACUUUGAUCAAACAAUAACUUGUAUUGAAAAUUUAUCUAAUGAAUUUUUCUCUGAAAUAUUUGAUUAUAUUGAUGGUUAUGAAAUAUAUAAAGCAUUCUCCAUCGCUUUUAUAUAA